UCUCCAAGGCGAUCCAUUGGAAAUCUCAGACGGACUCACAAGUACUCUUGUAGGUGUCCUGCAGCAGAGACACAACACUACGGUCGGACUUGUUCCGCGUUCAGCCAAAUUCACCUGCGGGCUAAACCAUGUCCUUGAGCCCAAAGCACUCAACUCCCUUCUCAGUGACAGAUAUUUUAAGCCCGAUCGAGGAGACCUACAGAAAGUUUGGAGGCAUGGACAGUACAGGGAACCUCGCGUCUUCGCUGGGCGCAUACCGACAAACUCAGGUGUCUCAACCGGGCAUCCAGCAGCACGCCAUGUGCCAUAAUACCGGGGUGGGGAGCACCUAUCACAUGCCACACAGCGUCUCCCAAUUUUCCAGUGCCAUAGGAGGCUACUGUAAUGGGAGCAUCGGGAAUAUGGGAGACCUCCCGUCUUACCAAGACACAAUGAGAAACGGCGCAGCAGCAACUGCGUGGUAUAGCGCAAACACCGAACCCCGCUACCCAACAAUUUCUAGAUUCAUGGGGGCUACCACUGGGAUGAACAUGACCGGGAUGGGGACAUUGGCAGGGAUGGAUGCCACCAAAUCCAUGGUCACCUUACACUCUGCGCCCAGGAGAAAACGACGGGUGCUCUUCUCUCAGGCCCAGGUGUACGAGCUGGAGAGGCGCUUUAAGCAGCAGAAAUACCUGUCGGCACCCGAGAGAGAACACCUGGCAAGCAUGAUCCACCUGACACCGACCCAGGUAAAAAUUUGGUUUCAGAACCACAGGUACAAAAUGAAACGCCAGGCAAAGGACAAAGCGAACCAGCAGAUUCAACAGGAGAACGGCAGUGUGUGCCCACAGCAACAGUCACCGAGGCGGGUAGCAGUCCCGGUUCUCGUGAAGGAUGGCAAACCCUGCCAGAACGGGUCAAGCAUAACGACGUCUGGGCAACAGCAGGUGCAGCAGCAGCAGAACGUGUCCGGUGGUGCGAUGACGGCAUCGGGAAGUGUGGUGGUUAAUCACCAUAAUCAGCAGGUGAAUAAUCCGUUAUCAUCCGAAGAAUUGGAGGAAAUGUCCCCCAGUUCCCCUAUCCUACACAGCCAGAUAAACAUGGCUCAGACAGACGCGGCUCUCCUCGAGUACACCAAUAACAUGGUCAGUUCAAACCUGCUUUAUGGCAGAACUUGGUAAAAGGGAUAAACCUGCCAUUUUAUAUUUUCAUUCUGGAGAAUACAUCAAGUGGAUUUUAAGACGAACAAAAACAUCGGGAAGGACAGUGGUCGUUGGUGACAUGGACAACAGAAGCACCAUACUUCCUUGACAUUUGAGAGGUGCAUAGACCACCUAUUUUUAAGAAAGUCGACCGUGCGUGUUUUACUUUGAAAGAGUUUUUGAAAAAAAAAAAAUGAGACUCCAAGCACUCGGUGACGGUGUGAAGGGAGUGAAGUUUUAUUGGUUGGAAUUAAAUUCUUUAAGGACACAUUGAGGGUAUCAGGCCAAAGUAUUGUAAUAUUUCGAUGAAUGAACCUGAACUGUAUAUAUAGUUAACACAUUUCAUGUGACAGUGAUUGUUUUUAAACUAAAUAUUUCUUCGUUCAUUUUUUGUAAAUUACAAAUGUGAUGGCUGCAUAGCAUACAUAUAUACACAUCACAAUCCAGUUGAACUAACAAUAAAUUGCUUGACAUGUAAGCAUAUCUGCUUAUUCAUGUGGCACAUGCGGAUGUAACGAAGUUCACCUGUAGGUUAUAGCGCAAUUUUGAUUAAGACGUUGGCCUAAUGCAAUUAUUUGUUAUUAGUCCUUAUCACCCAAUUAUUGAACGAAAGAGUCAAAAUAUAAAUGCCAAUAUUUCUUACCGUUACAAGCAGGCCUGGUUAAGUAAACAAAUAUUUAAGCACGUAGUCUAUAGCAUGAUAAAGUCCCAAAAUGCAAGACUAUUUGCAGGAUAUUUAAAUGGACCGUGACUGAUUUGACCAAACAAUGGAAAACAAAGAUGAAAGGCGAGAAUUUUUUAACUACUGUAAUAACUGGAGCUCAAUUGUUGUUUCACAUUUUCAAUAAAUAUAAUUUGUUAUUCGUGGGCUCUUUGAUUUGAACAUUUGAAAUAUAAGCACGCAAAAAUGUUAACUAUU